AUGCAAGGCUUUCCAAGUUUUAAGAGUGAACCAAACCAUCGAUUGUAUGAAGCACAUCGACGAUUCUACGGAAUACUACUCGCAAAUAGAGGAUAUCGACAACCAACUACACUCUCACCUUCAACUUUAAUUUUACAGAUCUUCUCAUUAUCUUUGUUUCCCUUUAAUUUUACUUCUAUUCAAACAAAAUGGUAUUCUAUUAAAACUGAGAUAGACCCUAAAACUGGUGCAUUUAAUUUAACUACAUAUGAUUCAGUUUGGGUAUUUACAGAAACACAUAAUUCUUCUGGAAUAUUCAAAAGUAAUGAGACUUAUAGUCAUAUGGAAAGACCACCACCUCAAUUGUUUGGAGACCUUUUUUCUUUAAUGUUCAAUUGCAUGUGGAUUAUACUCAUUUUGAAUAUAUUUGUAUUAUGUUCACAAUAUUGUGAAAUUAAACCGAAGCAAGCAAUUGUCGCUUCUAUAUUGGCAGUAAUGACUACAGCUAUUAUUCUUGCACUCCAUAUAGUAACGAUUAUCUAUAUUAUUACUCUACCCAAUUCAUUUAGAAAAAGAUAUAAUUGUCAUUCAAAAUGGUGUGCCAGUUUGGCUGGGAAACAAGAAAGAGAUGAAUGGGGACCAAGAGUUGGACUUUACUUCUGUCUUGUGUGCUUUGUUUGUUGUUUAGUUUGCCUUAUCCUCGCAAUAGUCAGAGUCGGAAUGUGCAUAAAAUACAUGAAUAGAAUUCAAAAGGAAUCAUCAGUACCUCUUAAACCAAUACAACCAAAAAAAUCAAAACAAGCAGAGCCAACUUUAACUAAUCUUCAAAUUAAUGAUCUUGAAGCUCAAAUUCAUUUUUAA